AGCAGCCAAUCCUGACACAAGCUGUUAUAGCAACAGAGCAGAAUGUGCUGAAGUGAAGUCAGAAAGGAAAGCGGAGGAAAGGAAUUAAUAAUAAAAAAAUAAAUAAUAAUAAAUAAAGCAGAGUCGAGUUGCUCACAUUGGAAUUAAUCAAUGGAAUAAAUAAAAGAAAAAAUCCACAGUGGAGGAAAAGUUUCUCAGGACUGCUGUGAGGGCUGGAGAGAGCACUGACACAAGAUAGCUCUGCAUAGAUAAGCACUGCUGGAUCUUGUCUGCUCAACAGACACCAUCCCAUUGUUUGUGCGUUUCUAAAAUAUGGCAAAGGUUCAGGUGAAUAAUGUAGUGGUGCUGGAUAACCCUUCUCCCUUCUACAAUCCUUUCCAGUUUGAAAUCACCUUUGAGUGCAUAGAGGACCUGUCUGAAGACUUGGAAUGGAAAAUAAUUUAUGUUGGCUCAGCUGAGACUGAAGAAUAUGACCAAGUACUAGAUUCAGUGCUAGUGGGGCCUGUACCUGCAGGGCGCCACAUGUUUGUAUUCCAGGCGGAUGCUGCUAACCCAGGACUUAUUCCAGAUGCAGAUGCUGUGGGUGUAACAGUGGUAUUAAUUACGUGCACAUACAGAGGACAGGAAUUUAUUAGAGUUGGAUAUUAUGUAAAUAAUGAAUAUACAGAAACAGAUCUGCGGGAAAAUCCUCCAGUGAAGCCUGAUUUUUCCAAGCUUCAAAGAAAUAUAUUGGCCUCAAAUCCUAGGGUAACAAGAUUCCACAUUAACUGGGAAGACAACGCAGAGAAAAUGGAGGAAAUGGAUAGCAGCAAUCCCAACCUUCAGUCCUUGCUUUCCACAGAGGCUGUGCCAUCAGCUUCUAAAAGCUGGUGCAACUCUGAGAACUCUCUAAAUGUUAUGUUAGAAUCUCACAUGGAUUGCAUGUGACUGUUUGCCAGACUCACAUUUGUACUCUCAAGGAGUUUAAACAAACAGGACUUGUACACACGGAUUCUGCAUUUUCUGUACAAACAGUCCUGAGAAUACUCCAAAUGAAAAAACAACAAGUGAACUAUAAAACAAACAUUUUAUAAGUGGAAUUCCCAAAAUCAGAACAAGGACUUUAUCAAUCCAGUGUCUCAACUUCAAGCAAGUUACAAAAUUAAAGAUACUGCUAUUUAUUAUAAAGUUUUUGUUUAGUCUGCAGUAGACGCUACAAAUCAUCUGUUCCUGUUGCAGAUCUCCAGGCUUACACAGGAAUCUAAAGUGCAGUCCAUAAGCAUCAAAUAGUCCUUCAAUCCCUACAGUUUAUAGAAUUGUUUUCUCACAGCAUUCAAUCUAAUAAAUCAAUUUCCAUACAAAUUUGAGCCGUGACAGCUAUGCAUUAUGUAGAUCGGUACGUGAUAAUUGUCCGACAAAUGUUUGAAUCUUGUAAAUUAUAAAUUUGUGAAUAACUGAAUAAAUAUCAGUUAUGUAUUUCAAUAUUUUUCUGCAUUUAAAACAUUCUAGUGGGAAAAAGACAUGAUCACAUUUUUUUUUACAGUAUGUUAUUUUAACACUAGCGACAUUGUAAUUAUAUGUGUUUAACCCUGCAGCGUCGCUUGUUUUAAUAUUACUUACCAACGACAUUGUAAUUAUAUGUGUUUAACCCUGCAGCAUCGCUUGUUUUAAUAUUACUUACCAACGAAUUAGAUAAUGUACAUUUUUUUCACUGGAAUAGCACUUUAAUAGUGCAAUAAUAAAUUACUGUCAGGGCACUUUAUCAGUGCACAAAUGCUUGAUUUUAGCGGAGUUUAAUCCCGCAAAUGGGUUAAACACAUGGUUAAAGUUAGCUCAAGAGCAGCAACACACAAGUAUAUGUACUAUAAUAAAAUGCUGUAAUGAAUUAGAGAAUUAUAUUAUUGCACAAUUAUCUUCCUUCAAUUCUGGCUUUUUAGUAGUGGAAUUUACACCUGAUUUCAAUAAUUACUAUAUUAGUGAUGAAAGCACAUGGCUGAAUUCUUUUUUAAACCUUUAUAGUAAAUAAACCUGUAUAAUACCCUUUUGACACUUAUCAUUCAGCAAUAUUUGAUAGUAUGUAUUGCAGAUUCUUUAAAAAUGGUUUUCAUGCAGGUGAAUUUCAUAAUACAACCUACAUUUGGCAAAUUGUUUUUAACCAUGUAACAUUAUUUCUCAGGGACAAGAUCGAAUAUUUUUUCCUCUCCACUAAUUAACAGAAAAGUUCUAUAACAUUCUGUAAAUGUUUUAUGCAGAAUUAAAGGUUUUAUCUCUUUAAUAAGAGUUGAACCAUGUAGAAAGUUCAUCAUUUUCUGUAUAACAGAGUAUGUUUUAUUGAGAUAUUUUUUUGAUGUUGGUUUUUACAAUAAUGACUGUUUUUCCUUACAGGUUUUUUUGAUCCUACAUUGUUAGCGGACUUUAUUUUCAAGUAAAGGGAUAAAUAUGAAUUGAACAAAAAUAUAGAUAUGAAAACAAGUUUAUAAAAAUGAUGACAAAAAUGCCUAUUUGGAUCAAAGCUUUUUGUAGCGUUUUCAUUUCAAGGUGAUCAGAACCAAAAAUACCUUUUGCAGGAAAAAAAAAAAAAAGAUUAAUACUUAAAGGGACAGUCUAGUCAGAAUUAAACCUUCAUGAUUCAGUUAGGGUGUGUAUUUUUAAACAACUUUUUUGUCAUCAAAUUUUCUUUGUUCUCUUGGUAUUCUUAGUUUAAAGCCUACCUAGGGUAGGCUCAUAUGCUAAUUUCUAAGCCCUUGAAGGCUGCCUCUUAUUUCAGUGCAUUUUGACAGUUUUUCACAGCUAGACAGCCCUAGUUCAUGUUUGCCAUAUAGAUAACAUUGUGCUCAUUCCCGUGGAGUUAUUUAUGAGUUAGCACUGAUUGGUUAAAAUACAAGUCUGUCAAAAGAACUGAAAUAAGGGGGCAGUCUGCAGAGGCUCUGUAACAAGGUAAUCAGAGGUAAAAAGUAUAUUAAUAUAACGGUUUUGGUUAUCCAAAACUGGGGAAUGGAUAAUAAAGGUUAUUAUUACCCAUAAACAAUAAAAAUUCUGGAGUAGACUGUCUCUUUAAGUUAAAGUGAUGUCAUAUUCAUAAUAUAGUGGGUUUAUUGAUUUGUAACUUAAUGAAGGGAGUGCCUGAAGUUUCUGUAGUUUCUACUUCCCCUUUAGACCCUUCUUCAUGAGAAAAAGAGAGAGAAAGAGGGAGAGAGAGAGGGGAAUAAGGGAAGGGAGAGAGAAAGGAUAAGAUACAAAAAGAAAAAGGAGAAAAUUAAAUAAAAAGGGAAAACUAACAAGGGGAUAAAAGGGCAUACAAAGAGAGAAGAGCUCUACCAGGAACGAACAACAGCUCAGUAGCUUGUUAAAUAUAUAUAUAUUUAUAUUAAAAAUAAAAUAUGACGUGGUAGCCAUGAAAAAAAGAAGAGGAAAUUGCACCAGAAUUAAAAGGUUACUAGUCCUUACAAAGGGACUUUAUACUGACGCCUAACCCUGCAAACGUAAAAAAAAAUAAUGCUCCAAUACACAGUGGGUGCAUAUAAUCUACAAAUACAGACAAAGAAAACAUGGCAACUAAAAAAAAAAAAAGCAGAAUGUGCUAAAAAUGUGGCAAGUGAGUAAAAAGUGAUGACUCCAAGGUGAAGAGAGAUGAGUGAAAAUUAUCAAGCAUACUCACACAUAAGAGUGGAAACUAUACAAAUACGUCUCUGGUACCGGUGAAACGUAUCACAACUAGACAACUGAUUGUUCCUCUUUCCCUUCUUGAGUAGGUGAGCUAUAUAUUACAGUAGAUAUGUGACACGCUAUGUUUUACGCUAAUCCGACUGUAUGUCUCAUAUAAUCCUGCACUAUUAACCCCUAACAACACAUCUAUAAAAUGCUAAGGCUGUAAAUACCUAAAGAUUGGAACAGUUCCUUAUUAAAGAUGGUAGAUUUUGUUUUAUAUGGCAUGUAUAAACCUCUAAUGGAUCUUUAAAAAAGGUUGGAUCAUCAAGUGUUCUACUUGCUAUAUUAAACCUCUAUUUUAUAUUUAUGUGACUGAACUAAGUUACUUGCGCUACAUUGGAUUGAAGGAUCCUAGGUCUCACCACACCCUUAAUUGUUAUUGAAAUAUGUAGAUCAGAUGGGACUCAUCUACUCGUAUUAAGAUCUUUAAGAUAUUCCCUAAAUUAAGCGAGUUUAAUCUGCCUGCUCAUUCAUAAUAAUGUCACUACUCCAAAGAAACCCUGCCGGUAUCAUUUUAAUUAUACGUUUUAGAUAUAUCUCUACAUCCUGUGAUGUGCUCUACCAAUAUCAUUCUAUAGCAAGAUAAUGUUAUUUAUCAGUCACCUGCUACUAUGGGCUGACUCUGCUCAAUUUCCUAUAUCAUUGUUGUUAUUUCAUUCCUCCAGUAGAACAGUAUAGCAUAAUACAUUGGACAUGCUAAGUCUCCAAUUACCCUGCACUACUUUCUUCUCUUAGCCUAGAAUCUGUACUCUAUGAAUUUCUAACUUAGAAAUUUAGUAUUUAAAUGGAACAUAAAACUUAAUGAUUAAUGUCAAUCAUUUGAAUUCUGAACUCUGGAACAAUAUUCUUAAUAUUUGUCACUGACUAAUAGAUACGGAAUGUAUUCACCUACGCCUUCCAGAAAAGUCGGCUUGCAAAGAGAGCUAUCUAUACCCAACUCUAAUAGAAAAAUGCUCUCUUUCCCUGAGGGUCUAAAUUUCUUUACAACAUUUUUUUUUUUUUUUCUGUUUCUUGUGUGUUUUGUUUGUGUGCUGUUAUAAAGUUAAACAAAUGAGAAACUGUUAUACUUUAUGGUUAUGCCUAAAAUUGGAUUCAUAUGAGUCUCCACUCAACACCUUAUGUACAGAAUGCAAUCCCACUCUGUUAAUUCUAUUCAAAUAUGUACUGUAAUUGCUCUGGUACCUUACUUGAUGGAUAACUAUCAAUAUACUGUAUUUUAUGAUUUUGCUAAUAUAAAUUUAACUGCAUUGAUAUUUUAUGUUUCUCAAUAAAAAGAGAUUAAAAAAAAAAAACAUAUAAUAAACACAAAAAUAUGUUUGGAGGGUUAUAAUCUGACUCCCUGGAGUAUUCUAA